CAACAGCCCCACAGUGAACAUUUCGUUGAAUCGUUUAGUACCAAAAUUCAGAGACUUUGUGUAGUAUUAUUUUCUUAUCUCGGACGGCAAAAAACCACAAAAUCAGACAACCAUAAACAGCCCACAAGCUUGAACUGAAAUGCUUCGCUUUGGCCCACAGAAUAUGGAGAGAGUUGUGCGACUGCCUGCAGGCAUCCAGAGAGUGGAGACACAUCUGCUGGCAGCGGCCAGCGCUGGCCGUCACAUAAUCAAGAUCGUGCUGCGAGGCAGCGGGCUGCUCGUCCAGAUCCUCAUCUCACGCACUGGCAAAGUGCUCAACGUCGUGAUCGAAAGAAGUGCCCGCGUUGUGUACCGCGCACGGUCGAGCUUAGCUCAGCUCUCAGCCAGAGGCACUCACCAGUUUCUGCAAUCCAGCAUCUGGGGUGACGAGCUCCUCGCCCGGGUCACAGCCGAUGGUGGAUAUCUGCUGGAGCAGGCCAAAGCACGCGGCACUCAGGUGUGCCGGAGAGCGUCGACAAAUGGCGGUCGCACGAUUGCCAGACUUGGCCAGAGCACAGCCCAGCUGGUCCAUGUGCUCUCCACCGGUGGCUUGCGGCUGGUCACCAGAGCCACCUCCGGCGGUUGUCAAUGCUUGAGCCUCAUCGGUGGUGGCGGCGUCCGCCUGCUCAAGCCGCUGCUCGAGGGUUACGGCUGGCUGCGAACGCUGCUCGAGGAGUACGAAAAGCAAGUGGCUGAUGCAGAGUUAAAGCCACAGCCAAAGGACAUUCACGGCUGGAAGCUGUACGGGCCGAAGGAGCUGCGACUGCUGAGCGUGGCAUGCGGCAUACCGAGGAAGCGCGCGGAGUGCCAAGUGUUGGGGCAGUGCGGCGAGGAUGCCUGGUUCGCGGCCAGCACCAAUCGCGGCGACACGCUGGGCGUGGCCGACGGCGUCGGUUGCGGGCGGAUCUCCAAGCUCUCGCCUGGGGAGCUCAGCAGCUCCUUGAUGCGCUCCUGCGAGCGUCUGGCGCUGAGCCCCUGCCACGAGCCGCGUCGCCUGGACCUGCUGCUGCAUCGGGCCCAUCGCGAGGUGCAGGAGGAGCGCCACCCCGUCUUGGCCAGCUGCCACACUUGCCUCCUGAGUCUGGACCGACGCACGGGCACCGUCUCCGCCACAAACAUCGGCAGCUGCGGCUUCCUGGUGGUGCGCAAGGGAAAAAUUGUUGCACGCUCCACCAAACAGUCACGGAACUCGUUUGCCUCGUUCCAGGGUGGCUCCGCCGCCAUCCUCUAUGACGUCAUCGCCCAGCCAUCGAUUCAGCAGUUCCGCGCAGAGGCCGGGGACAUGCUGCUGCUGGCCACCGACGGCUUCUUCGACAAUGUGAACGAUGAGCGAGUUCUGUCGCUGAUCUCGGAGCUGGACGGACGCACAGAGCCCUGUCGCAUGCGUCUGUAUGCGGAGACUCUGGCCCUGAUGGCACGCGCCGCCACCUGCAGCACCUAUCGAAAGGGUUCGAACCGCCAGCUGAAGAUGGAUGACAUCACCGUCGUUCUGGCGGUGGUCAACUAGUUCCAAUUCAAUGACAAAAACAAGCGACUGCCAAGAGACGAGUCCCCCCCAACUAUCGACACCACACCAUCCACAGAGACAGCAAUCACUGGCAAAGGUUCCACAGAUUCCACAUCUCCCCACGGAGGUGCUGUGAACAGUUGCCAGUGAGGGUUGUCCAACGGAGAAGCUCAAGCAUCACCCACCGAUCAACAACAGCAGUCGCCCAAUGGGUU